AUGCAGCAGCAUUAUCAAGAUGCUAUGGCUAUAAUGAGACAUGUUGGUAGACCGGAUUUAUUCAAAACAAUGACAUGUAAUCCAAAAUGGAUAGAAUUACAAACAGUUUUAGAAAAUUUUCCGCCUGGUACUACACCAAAUGAUAUUCCAAUUAUAACAGUACGAUUAUUUUAUGCCAAAUUUUUGUCAUUAUUAGAUGAUAUCGAAAAUAAAAAUUUAUUUGGAAGGGUAAAGGCAUGGGUUUAUACUAUAGAAUUUCAAAAAAGAGGAUUGUUUCAUGCUCAUCUUUUAGUAACUUUACAUCUGCAUGAUAAAUUAAAAACACCUGAACAGAUAGAUAAACAUAUAUCUGCUGAAAUAUCUAAAGAUGAAAAUUUGAGAAAAUUAGUUUUAGAUCAUCAAUUACAUGGCCCACAUACUGAAACAUCGCCUUGUAUUCAGAAAGGAAAAGUAAAAUGUACUAAAAAUUAUCCUAAAAAUUUUCAAGAAGUAACGACGUUCCAAAAUAACGGAUAUCCAUUAUAUAAACGAUGUAAUAACGUAACUGAUAAUAAUGUAUAUCGAACACAAUAUAGUGAUAAAAUUAUAGAGACUGAUAAUUCUAUGGUUGUGCCAUAUAAUGCUUUCUUAUUAAGAAAAUAUAGAUGUCAUAUCAACGUUGAAUAUUGUGCAUCUAUUGAAAGUGUUGUGACGGCUAGCCAAAAUCAGCAAAAAAUAGUUUUUGAAGAAACUAAAGAAAUUGAAGCCUUGUCAAAAUUCGAGACUACUUUAACAGCAUGGUUUGAAUUAAAUAAGAAUAAUGAUUUUGCACGUAAAAUUAAAUAUGUUAAUAUUGCAAAAUAUUUUAACUUUAGAGAUAAAAAAUGGGUAAAACGAGUUCGUAAACAACGAUAUCCAACGAUUGGCAGAAUAGGGAUCGUACAUCCUAAAGAUAUUGAAAGAUAUCAUUUGAAACUAAUAUUAAAUAGAAGUAAAGGGGCAACUUCUUUCAAGGAUUUACGAACUUACAAGAAAAAAAUUUAUAAAACUUAUAGAGAAGUUGCUAUUGCAAUGGAGUUAGUAGAUAACGAUAAAAUAAUUUAUAAUACAUUUGAUGAAGCAUGUACAAUUAUGAUGCCAUAUCAAUUGAGGAAUUAUUUUGAGAAGGAUCAAUGUUUAAGAUCAGAAAGUAAGAAAUUAUUUGAAAAAAUAUUUAAAGAUCUCAAUGAAGAUCAAAAAAAAAUCUAUCACGAAAUUUUUACGAGUAAAAAUAAAUUAUUUUUCAUUGAUGGACCUGGGGGAUCUGGUAUGACGAGUCAUAGAACGUUUCGAUUACCUUUCGAUUUAACUGACAAAUCAGUAUUUUUGAAAUAUGAUAGUGAUAAAAGAAAAUUACGAGAAGCUGAAUUAAUAAUUUGGGAUGAAGCUUCUAUGAUACCAAAAAAUGCUUUAGAAAUCGUUAAUAAGACUUUGUGUGAUAUAUGUGAUAAUGAAGAACCAUUUGGAGGAAAAUUAGUUUUGUUAGGCGGAGAUUUCACACAAAUUUUACCAAGACGAUAUAUCACCAUCCUGCUUCUCUUCGAUUUCUUGACGACCUUUGACACCAUUCUUGACGACCUGCUACUGCGGUUCUUCAACUACCUGGCCCAUAGGCUACAGGCGCUGGAUGACGAGAUUGGUGUUGUCUCCGGGUGGUUGAGCUCCUCUACAGGGGUCCCACCGAAAAGCGUUUUAGGUCUUCACCUUUUUGCUAUUUUCAUCAAUGACUUUUUAAGAUUACUCCGCUUCGCUAAUGAUACAAUAUACGCCGAUGAUACGCAAAUUUAUAUAUAUUGCUUUUCGCCCGACAUCCUCGACCGCAUCUCAAGGGCACAGCACGACGCUGGCGUGGUUAUGGAGUGA